CAGGCAUCUGUCAUGGCGUAGGUUGAUAACAACAAAUCCAUUCACCGUUUGAUUUACUGAAUUUGAGAGCUCAGUAUAAUGUCUGAUAUAGAAGAAGUACCACUGGAUGAUAUUGUUCCUGUGGUCCCUGUUGUUGAGAUCUCCACUAACCAGCACAGAUCAUCUCACCGCUCCAGAUCGCCCGCUCAUCGCAGGCCGUCAUCUCGAUCUAGGAGGUCGCCGGUUUACUCUGAUCGCGGCGAUUAUUCCGAUGAACUUACAGACUCUGAAGAAGAUGAUGACGACGACGAUGAUGAUGAUGAUGAUGGUGAACACAUGCCAAGUGGUAGACAUCAUGAUAGACACAGGGGAAGUCAUGAAAUAAAAACUGUCAAUGGAAAAUUAAGGAUUGACAUGACUCCGCCAGACCUAAAACUGAAGGAGAAGGAGAAACGAGCCAACAAAUUGGCAGCAAAUGGCAAAGCUGACAGGGCUAUUCAGGAAUAUAUCCGCUGCAUGGCCCUGGCUAGAAUUGUGUAUGGCAGCAGUCACUGGAGGUUUGCUGAGAGUAUGGUCAACUUGGCGGAAGCAUACUUCGAUCUCAAAGACUAUUAUUUGCAAGCUGAGUAUCACUCGGAAAAUGCGAAGGACGUGAUGCUUCAUGGUGUGAGCACGAGUGCAUCCCAGCAGGAGAAGUCUGACAUCUACCUCGUCCUGAUCCGUGUGUUCUACACCCUGGGAAGAGCCGACAGUGCCUUGAAGAAAUAUUCUGAAGCAGAACAAGCCUUCACAAAAGCUGAGAGAAUAUUGAAGGAAUGGAGCAGACUGCCCCAUGUUAGGGUAGAAGAUAAAGAGGACUUUGAAAUCAAACUGUUUCUAGCAAUGGCCAGGCUCUACAGUAGACAGAAGAAGUAUGCCUUGGCUAGCACACAGUACGACAAAGUCAUUGACUUGAUGGAGAAAGUCUAUGGACAAGACAGUUUGCAUCUCAUACCAGUUUAUCACGAUUAUGGUGCCCUGGAACAAAGUAAAGGUCGUCAUGCCAACCACGAGAAAGCGAUCGAGUUGUUUCUUCAAGCCCACUCCAUCGCUAGUUGUCAUCACCGAGAAGGGAGCGUGAAGCUGGUAGAAACAGCUCUUGCCCUGGCCCGUGCGUACGCUAGUACAGGUCGCGAGGAAGCGGAAGGGUCGGCAGAAAGCUAUCUCAACGAGUGUCUCGGGAACUGUACCGCGGUGUACGGACCCCACCAUGCCAAGACACUGGAGGUCAACGAUGAACUGGCCAGACUGCUCAUCAGAACCAACAGAUACGAGGAGGCGAUGACCAUCUUGAAGUCCAGUAUCAACCCUAAGAGUGAGGUGUUUGGAGACUACUCUGAACAGGUGUCCGACACGUACAAACUCAUGGCGUCCAUUCAUCUGUCGACGGGGGAAAUAGAGAAGGCUUUGAGAUCUUACAAAAAGUGUCACACAAUUGAAACUUUGGUGCUGGGUAAAAAGCACAAGAAAACUAUGGACAGUCAACGAACAUUGGAAAUGCUCAUGGCGAGUCCAUGUGUUUCCAACAAGUUUGUGCUGAGCAAAGAAGACGAACUACAAAAGCGUCCAAGAUUUUCAAGUGUCGUAAAACAGUCAUAAUAGUGGUGGAGACAAGCUUAGUUGUUAAACAUUUUACUUUAUUUACUCAACAGUCUGCAAAUCAUUUACUAUAAUUAUACCAAAUUUUGCAUUAUAUAGAACAUUUCAUUUUAUUGUUAAUAAACCAACUAUGGUACAUGUUGUAACUAGGGUAAUGUUUCUGUAUUGUUAAACUGCUACAAAUAAUUCCAUGUAACUUAAGUCAUAUUUGUGGUAGUAUGGGUAGGGGAUCUACAAUUCAUAAACCUAAAAGGAGUAUUUCCCUACAUGUGAAGGAUUUUUUGUUGUUGUAUCUCUGGAAGAAAACAAAAGUUUAUGAUCUAUUCCAAAUACUUAAAUAUUAAAAAUAUAUGCACUUCAGUUUUUAAAAAAUAUAUUUGUUAAAAAAUCCAAUUUCUUUGUUAACAUCAAUUCAUAGAUGUACAUUAACAUAUCUACUUAAGGUGACGCCACACGAUACGCGUGUCUUGUAUGAGAAUAACUGAUGCAUAGCAAACCAUUGAAGUCUUAAUGUUUAUCUUGUCGAUUGGAUAUUCUCGUAUGACUCAAUUGUAUCGUAUGUGGUGUCGCCUUUAAUUACAUUCCUUCCAUACAUGUAGUUGUAUUAUAUCAAAUAUUAGCUGGGUACAUAUUCAUGUGCAUUUAAUUGUUUAAAAGAAAAUUUUGAUGUUGUAUUUGACUGUGAUACGUUUUGAACCAGGUUUACAUUGUAAUAUAUGUUGUGUAUUUAUUGUGAUAUAUUUUCAAUUUGUUUCUUCUCGAUGGGUUUUUUUGGGGUGGGGUUUUUUUUUGGGGUGGCGGGGGGCAUUUUUUUUUUUUUUCUUAAUUGUUGAGUUGUUUUUAGGUUGGGGGGGGAGGGUGGUGGUAAUCUUUAUAAAUGUUGUCUUCUUCAUACCAUUUUUCUUUUCUUAGAAAUACUAUACCUUUUGUAUUUUUAUAACAUACAUACAUCUGGAAAUUAAUGUAGUACCACCUAGUUUUGACCAUGUGGUUUAUACUUGUACUUCGCAAGUAAAUUGUGAUUAUAUCAUGGACACAGACACUGGAAUUAAUGUUCUGUGUAUUCAGAGGAUAUUUAAAAAGACUGACAGUAAAUGACACUGUCGUUACAUUAGUAUUUAUUGAAUUUCAGAGAAAAAGACGGAAACCUUAAAUAUGCAUGAAAAUGUAUGGUAAUACUUCGAAAAUAAAUUUUGAUCAUGUCAUGGAUAUAAGACACUGGAAUUAAUGUUCUGUGUAUUCAGAGGAUAUUGAAAAAGACUGACAGUAAAUGACACUGUCGUUACAUUAGUAUUUAUUGAAUUUCAGAGAAAAAGACGGAAACCUUAAAUAUGCAUGAAAAUGUAUGGUAAUACUUCGUAAAUAAAUUUUGAUCAUGUCAUGGAUAUAAAACACUGAAAUUAAUGUUCUGUGUAUUCAGAGGAUAUUGAAAAAAGACUGACAGUAAAUAACACUGUUGUUACAUCAGUAUUUAAUGAAUUUUAGAGAAAAUACAGAAACCUUAAAUACAUGUAUGCAUGAAAAUGUAGGGUAAUUAACUAUGGAGAUGAAAUGUCACUGUUUCUCACAACCAGUAGAUAGGGAAUGUAUAAAAACUCUCAAUAUCUGGUUUAAACCAGAUCGCCACUGACAACUACUUCUAAGCAUCUUUUGGGAUGCAACACAAUUCAGGUGGUACUUUAUUAAUUUCCUGGUGUUUAUUUUCAAGUUGUAACAUUUUUGUCUUGUCGUCUUUUACCAUUACCCUAAUGGUGGGCAGUUAAAUUUUCUUCUUUAUUAAAAUUUUGGCCUUUACUUAUCAAUUUAUAUCCCGGUAAAUUAUUUUUCACAUAUUCAUGACAGUACAUCAAACAACUGUUAACGGUUGCAAAAAUAUAUUACAGAUUUAGUCAAUGUAUAAACACAUUUAUUUCAAGUUUAAGGGGUGCGACAUUGCCCAGUGGUAAAGCGCUCGCUUGAUGCACGGUCUGUCUGGGAACGAUC